AGGAGCUAAAGAAUUGAUGGUAGCAUGACCCUUCAUGUAAAAGUGCAAGUGAGUACUAGAAGAAACAGUGAAGAUCUUUCCUAUUAAUUAAAGCUAUCAACCCCAAAACAGGAUAGGAUCAUAGAAUUAAACAUGGCUAUUGAAGUAGGAAAUGGUAAAUGGCAUGGAUCAGUCGGUGGCAUAGUUUGUGCACCUAUUGACAAGGUUUGGAGCUUGGUCUCUAAAACUAAAAGACUACACGAAUGGAUGGCAAUGGUAGAAAGAUGCAGUGGCUUGGCUGGAGAUGAAGAUGAACCUGGCUAUGUUAGGCUAGUAUCUGGUUUCAUGUUUCCUCAACAAGAUGGAGAAAGGUCUUGGAUCAAGGAGAGGUUGGUUUCGCUGGACUCAUCAUCACAUAGCUAUGUUUAUACAAUGGAAGCAAGCAAUGUAGGUUUAGAUGGAUCUGUAAAUUCAUUAAAACUUGUUGACUAUGGAGAUCAAUCAACUCUUAUUCACUGGUCAUUCGAGAUAAGCCCUUUACAAGAUGUAUCUCAGGACAACAUAGUUGAUUAUCUCGGAUUUCUCUACAAAUCUUGCAUCAAUAAGAUAGAGGGUGCAAUAGAAGCUGCAUCAAGAAAUGUUUCACCAACAUAGUGAACAAUUGAAAAUCAUUUUAUUCAAACCA